UCUGGUUCUUAAUCCUUAGAAUGAAGCUGUGUUUUUUCUUCACGGUGCUUGCUGCAUCGAUUGCCAGCUCUGAAGCUAAGCAAAAUGUGACAUGCGGAUUGCCGAUUGCCUUUAACGAAAAAAAGCCCUGCAAGGGAAAAGAACUAGCUUGGUCUUAUGAUUGGCUAACCAAGAAAUGCGUUGCGUUCGUCCAUAAAGGUUGCCACGGAAAUCGAAAUCAAUUUAAAAAGAGAAAGGAAUGUGCGGAAAAGUGCAAGGUUGAACAGACUAAACUUACAACCACCGUGAAACCAAAAAAAGGUUAAUCGACAUCAUAUGCACAUAUAUAUUGGUCAUAGAUAUCAAUAAAACACAUAUAUGAUAAAAGCCGAAA